UUUACAGUUUACACUCGUAUGUAAAUUUAGUCGAUUCUAUCGUCAUCCACGUCUGUGCUACAGUGGAAAGUGGGCGACGCUUACACCAACUCAAGUCUCAUCUGGCUGAGUGAGAAUAGCACUACUUCGUACACCGGUUACAGCUUAAAAGCUUUAGCUAGGAAAAUCCAGUUCCCCGAUAACUUGAUUUUCGCCAAAGUUUUCUAAGCAAAAAAACCAUGCCGCUGCCGUUUCUGAAUAAUCUGGACAGCCUGGCCACUCUGGGCACCGGCAUCUUCGCCGGCACGGCCUUCUACAUGACCAGCCAGGAGGUGCCGGCGCUGCGCGAUCUCGGCCUGGAUGAGCACUGGAGGUUCUUCCCCCACAUGUACCAUCGGGCCUUCGCCUACCAAGGCCUGGUUAACGGAGCCGCCAGCGUGGCGGCCAUCGUGCACGGCCUGCGCAUCACCAACUCGGAUUUCGACCGGAAGUUGUGGAUCGGCGCCGGGGCGGCCUUCCUGGCCCUGUGGCCCUACACGCUCCUGGUGAUGGUGCCGACCAACAACCAGAUCGUCGACGACAACAAGAAAAUGACGCAGGGCGUGCCGUCCAGCGUGGAGCCGGCGCGUCGCAAAGAGAUGCUGGAGAAGUGGAACUGCAUGCACGCCGUGCGCACGGCCGUCGGGAUGGGAGCGUUCGGCCUGAUGAUCUACGGAUUGGCGCGUCAUGCUUCCCUCGUGUUCAAGCAGUAGCAAGCAAUCAACGGAUAUCUACUUUCGUCAUUUUAAUUUUCCAUUUCACGCAGCUAUUGGUUUGAUUUCUCUAGCGUUUUCGGGCGAUGAUUUAUUUUUUCAACGAUUAACAAGCAGUUUGCUGUGAAAACCAAAUGAAAUCGUCGCAAAAUGUUUUAGCAAAGCCAACUUGUUUCUCUGGAGAUUUCGGUGAAGGACUUUCGUAAUAAUUUUCUUGACAAUAAAAGCCUGCGUCUG